CAAAUAUCCACACACCUGUAAAGGCUGUUUGUAGCAACCGGAGUAGCGAUAAGACGGAUUAAUAUCAUUUUGAGUUUGGUGGUGGUAAAUAUAAAAGUAUUAAUGUGUUUUAUAUGAAGCUUAACGUGUGCAGAAGUAAAUAAUGAAUCUGGGCUUGGCAGAUCAUUGAUGUAUAGAAGAAGGAGUGUCGGGCCGAGGACACGGCCCUGAGGGACACCGGAAUGAACAGUGAUGGCCUGAUGUUUGAGCUUGAGAAUGGGAAGCCCAGGCUUGUGUUGGCCCACUCUGGUGAAACAAAGGCCUCCAGCAAGACUGGAUUUUGUCUAGUUCCUCAGAAGAACAGGCCACUAAGGACCACCGCCACCUCCAAACAGGGUCCUAAAGAGGAAAGAUGGCAGAGAGACGGGAAGCACAGAAACGCCGGAGGUGUCAAUCACCAUGAACACGGCAGCCGAAAAACCAAAGCGAAAAACAGGACGGAUCACUGCAGCGUCGUAGAGGUGGUCAGGGCGCAGUCAGAGAGCAACACCAAGUCCAACGUCGUACAGAAGCCCGUACAGGACAGCUUGGUGUGUUUAACUCAAGAACAACUUCAGCUGAUCCUCAACAGCAUCAAGGCGUCAGGGCAGGAUGUCCCAGACAACUCUCGAGUUCAGAUCCAGAACGGAGCAGCUACGAAAGAGGAAGAAAUUGAAACGGUGACUAGUGCAACUGGCAAGGACCAACCAAUAAACUCCCAAGCGAAGGGAAAUGAAGAAAAAACGCUGAGCGAUUCCACCCCAGCAGGCCUCUUCAGCACUUUCGGAGAAUGUGAGCAGAAGCGCGAAACACUCAAAGCUAAAAAAGCACAAUGGAAACGAGAGCUAGACGAGCAGCUGGCACUUAAAAAGCAGCAGAAAGGGAGCACAGAGGUUCUGGCUCAUCGUGAUCAACGCAGAGGCACGCACGCUGCACCGAGAUCAAAUGACAAGCUGUCGGGGGUGCAAGAGGACAGAAUAAAACCUGUGAACACAGAAAUUGCAAAUAACCAGCCACCGGCUCCACGGACACACAGCAACCCCAAGGCUCUUCAUUAUGCUACCCGCUCAGCAUUCGUACUAGGGGAAGCCACACCACUGGAGGAGGCGUUCAGCGAAGAGAAGAGGGAGCAGCAGAGACGCUGGCUGCAGGAAUUGGACCAGCAGAGAGAGGAAACCGAACUGCGCAGGAAGUUGGAGAAACAGCAUCAGCGCCAGGCAGAGGAUUGCGAGCGCUGGGCCAUGCACUUUGACUCAUUUCAGCGGCAUAUCCCUGCACAGCUCGAUAUGGGCAGCUCCCUCUCUCAUCACCGUGCCCCCUCUCAGGCUCUGUCCACUGCCUCAGAUGCCACGAGCACAUACGGAGGGGACAGUAUGGGCAGAGCCACUGUGGACACCACUCAGGGCUUUCAGCCAAGGACCAACUACCUGCGCACCAUGACAGCACUACUAGACCCAGCUCAGAGAGAGGAGAGGGAGGUGCGGCGAAUAAAACAGCUUGAACAUCAGCGAGCUAUCGAGGCUCAGGUGGAGGAGCAGAGGCAACAGAAAGCGAGAGAAGAGGCCAUUCAGCAGGCCAUGGAGCAGGAGGAAGAGCGCCGAAUUGCCAGAGAGAGGGAACGUCUGCACCAGGAGUACCUGAGAGAGACUCUGCUCCAGAGACAAAAAGCGGAGUUACAGUCACGCAAAACAGAGGAGCUGCAUCUGACAGUGCAGAGGGCAUCAGAGGAAGCACAGAAAGACAAACGCCAAGAGAGAAUUAAAAACCUGGUGAAGAAAGGCCAUGAUGUUUCUAAUCUGUUGCGACCUGAAGGCACCUCACAGGUUUUGACUGAUCAAGGUUCAGAGAGUUUGGCUACACUGGAGACCAUAACAGAGGCUCCUCACACAACCAGGCAAGACAUUGCAGUUCAGACAGAAAUAAAUCCAGGUAGCCCACCCCUCAAGACCAAGGCUCCUCCCAAUAUGAAAAGAUCCAGACGUGAAGGCAGACCGGUUGAAAAGGACAGUGGAAAAGAGAACGUGCGCAUGGCCGUCGAAGGAGCAGAUCCGUACGAAGCCCACGCCCGAACAGACAGAACCCAUGCGCAACUCCAGAAACCAGAGUGGAACAUACAGAAGCCCAGGAAGGCGUUUGUUCCUGCGUCUGAGCGUUAUCCUGCUGCCCUGCAGAGGCACAGGCAGGAGAGCAGGAUGCGCAGGCAGAUGGAGCUCAUGAACCUGAUGGAGAGGAACACGCUUCCCAGAACGCCACCGCAAGCAGCGACUCCACGUUCUAGAACCGCGUCUCGCGUUCAGAGGCACUCGAACUCCGCUCAUCCGAAAGAUGAGGAUUCGCCAGGAGUACAAUCUGCCAAUCAUAACAUCGUCUGUAGCAGAGUUCCCUCUCCGCCCGUCCCUGCGGUGCUACACAGACUCCAGCGUCUUGCUCCAUCCUGUCCAGAGGAACAGUCAGAGAGCUGUGGCCGGCCUCCGUCAUCUGAUUACAUCCCAAACGUGUGCGCAGAUGAAGUUUACCACCUGGAUCAUCUCGCCCCGAUCUCCAGACCCACCACACGCCACGGACCACAGGAGACACGUGCAGACUUCAGCAGCAGACAGCACACCCCUGUGGUGCCGCAGGAUCCCCUCCUACACCCUGGUCUGCUCAAGAGCACGGAGAGACAGCAGGCUAUACUCAAAGGCUUAUCUGAUCUCAGACAGAGCCUGCUACAGAAACAGAGAGAACUAGAUACCAGCCUGAGCUCUUUACUGCAGGGACAAAGCAGAACUCCAUCACCAGCUUUCUAGUCCCUGUAGGAAAACCACAGAUUUCCAUCGAGAGUAUAAGAGACACCAGCACUUUACUGUCCACAGUGAAAACACACACGAUUGCAGUUUGCAUACUACUGCAGCUGACAUAUGUGGUUUUCAUUACAGUAUUUAUGGAGUUUCUAAAGGUAAAUGUACUCUUAAUGAUGUGGUUAAUUUUAGUCGUUAAAGGUAUUUAUUGGGUUAAUUGACUUGAAUUGCAUUUCAAACUUGAUGUGAAUUAAAGUAUUUUUAACUUUGGGAAA